UGCAUACAUUUUGUGCACACAUUUAACUGAAUCUUACUUUCAAUACAUUAUUCAAUUGAAUGAAUUGUUUGUUUUGAUAAUUAUUUAAUAAUUGAUUGAUUUAAUUGAAUAAUAAUCAAUGGGUUUAGUAAAACAAAGUUCAUUAAGUGUGCGAUUAAUACGAAUGGGAUGUAAAAACCGACCCUUUUAUCAGAUCGGAGCUCUUCCCACAAGACGAAGAUCUAAUCUAUUACCCGAUGAAGUGAUCGGUAAUGUGGAUCCCAUUCCCAAUCAAAACAAUGAAAUCAUUGCCAGUUGUGAUCUCAAACGGUUAGCGUAUUGGACGGGAAAGGGAGUUGUUUUCAGUAAAGGCAUUCAAAAUAUAUUGGGAAUGGCUGGUUGGCUACCCAUUCCUCCCGCCAUUUACAUCAAAGCUCUGGAGAAUCGCGAAAAUAAAAGACAAAAGACAGAUAAAAGUGAAGAACAAACUGAAGAGUCGGAUGAGUUUGUCGUCGACUCACUCAUCACUAAGAAACGUAUCGUUUAAGUCCAUCAAAUCAAUUAAUACGUCAAUUACAUCGAUAAAUCGUAUAAAUUGUUUAUAAAUAAAUAAUA